AUGUCUGACAAUAUUUCUUCAUAUCCUUUACCAUCUACACCUAUAUUAAAAUCUAUAAUAUUAGGUCCUGAGAAUCAGGAAUUUGCACAUGAAAUUGUGAGACAAUCUUUGAUGUUACCAGCUGGUAGCCCUCUUUAUAAAGAUAUUAUUAGAGGUGCUAUUCAUAUAGUGGGUGUUUGGAUUUUAAGAAGAAGAAAGGCCACGUACUUACGUAAGUCCCUUCAAAAUCUACUCUCACUAAUUAGUCAAAAUGAUGCAUCAACAACACCAGCUUCAACACAAUUAUCAGCUUCGUCAUUUACAAGUAAAUAUUCAGAUACAAAUGUAUAUCUUAGAAG